AUGCUGUCCCUCGUCCUGACUUUCUUCCUGAUCCAUGUCGCGAUCCAUCUUAUUAACACCGUUGGCGCGACAACAAUUGACAACCUGCUAUGGAUCCUCUACUUGAAGCUACCAACCUCGACAUCGAGACAAGCCCGCGAGGCAGCCCGGCUUAAACGCGAAGCCCUCGAAUUGAAGCGAGACAUGAACAACACCAGCAGCCAGGAUGAGUUUGCGAAAUGGGCCAAAUUGCGACGUCGACAUGAUAAAACAAUGGAAGAGUAUGAGGCUUCGAGUACGUCUUUCCUGAUCGAAGGAGGCCGGGGGAACGGAGAGGAGAAGCUAACGAGUACAGACAAAGCACUUAGUUCGCAGAAAUCCUCCUUCGACUGGGCCAUCAAAAUCGCCCGCUGGGUCAGCACGAGCGGUCUCAAGCUCUUCCUCCAAUUCCGGUACAAUUCUACGCCCGUCUUCGUUCUCCCGCCCGGUUGGUUUCCGUAUUAUGUUGAAUGGGUUCUGUCGUUCCCUAAGGCGCCUAUGGGAUCAGUCAGUGUGCAGGUUUGGAGCUCUGUGUGUGGAGUUACUGUGAGGGUGCUGGCUGAGAUUCUCUCGACUGUUAUGCUGUGGGUUGGGAGCCGGAUACAGCAGAGACGUGCUGUUCCUGUGAAAGCGAAGAAGACGCAAUGA